GGCAAUGGACGACGAUUUGGACCAAUUUUUCCAUGAUGAUGCGGAGCAGAAUGCUGAUUUUUCGGAUGAUGGCUCAGAAGAUGAAGCGCCUGACAAUGUCGAUGUCAAUUAUGAGUUGGAGAGGGAAGAACCCAAAAGCAAGUCUGUUGCAGAAUUCACUAAAUUUUUGCAAGAAUGCGAAUAUCCGGAUGACAUCAUAAAAUACUUUAAAACGAUAAAGUUUUUCGAAAAAGACGCAAAAACUGGAGAUAUUGUUUCUACAAAAUCACUAAAGUUUACUGUAACCGGUUUCAUUCAAUACUUGUUUGGCACGAAGCGAAUUCAGCGUCCAGUUCUCAGAGGAAUCGCUAAAAUUUUUGGAAGAUAUGAUAUUUUCCACUUAAUCUCCCCGGAGCUUGUGAAGUCUAUAACGCACCUAAAAGAAACUCGCACCACCGCCUGGUUCAACCUGUUCAAUUUUCUUUCAUUCGUCCCGCACCCAACUGAUCGAGUGACGAAACCAUUAUUUCGCCAGUUUUGUGUCAGAACUCCAUUCAACGAUAAAAGUAUGAAAAAACGAAAGCUGACAUGGAUCUCAACUGACUAUGACAACGUUUGGAUGGCUGUUAUGAAUGGAAAAAUUAGUGACAAGUUGACACUGAAACUUAUUCCAUAUAUCACUCAGAACGUCAUUUCGAAAUUGAAAGCACCAUUCAAAUCUGCUGAUUUCUUUUUCAAAAUGUUCGACAAAACUGACUAUCAUGGAAUUCUUUCGCUUGGUGCUAUUUUUCGUCUUAUUUCAGAACAUAACUUUGAAUAUCCGAAAUUCUACGACAAAGUAUAUUCAUUGACGAACCCAUCUCUUCUCUAUAUGAGUCAGAAAGAAUCCAUUCUGACACUUCUGGAUAGUUUCCUGUCGUCUACCCAUCUCCCAACAUACAUCACUGCUUCGUUCCUCAAACGACUCUCCCGAUGCCUUCUUCUUGCUCCAAUUGAUGCUCAGGAACCAAUUCUUGGAUUAAUUAGAAAUCUUGUGAUUAGACAUCCAAACUGUUCUGAAUUGGUUCAUCGUGAGGUUCCUCAGACUCUUUACGAUGAUCCUUUCGACAAUGAUGAGACAGAUUUACACAAAACUCGCGCAUUGGAAUCAAGUCUUUGGGAGAUGAAACUUCUUCAAUGUCACUGGAAUCAAAGUGUCAGAAAACGAGCUCAUUUCGUUGAUAAAUCGAUUCAAAAAAUUGAGUCUUACGUUCGAUUCCGAUGCACCGACGAGUUAUUCUCUGUAAACAUGGCAAAAUCAUUUGGCGGAGAGGAUGGAGAAGCUGAAAAAUAUCGAAAACUGCAAGACGGGGAUGAAGACGAAGAGGGAACAGGAAAGCCGGAACCGAAGAAAGCUCGUAGAAAAGGAUUUGGUGGGAAAUUCGCUCCAAAACACGAAGAAAAAGUCACAAGAGCAGUCGGUGUGAACUCUGAAGCGCCGAAAGGAAUUCUUGAUAGACAAGUUCCAAUCAUCGAUGUUCCAACUUUAUGGAAAAUUUAAUCAGAUUUUUUGUUACAGUUAUUGUUGUUCCACUUUUGUUGUUGUUUUUCCGUUUUCUCGUUUUUAUAUUUUAAAUUUUCAAAA